AAGGGGGAGGACGAUAAAUGACGAAGAGAAGACCUGUGACAAGACCGAACAAGUAGUCAGGAGUUAGAAAAACACAUGUAGAUGACCUAAGACUGGAAUAUAUCAGUGAUGAGAACAUGGACAUCUAAUGUCUAAAAGAGUGAAUUUUCUAUCUUGUAUCAUCCAUUUUACCUGAACAGCAGAAAAGACUUUUUAAGAGGAGAACAAUGCCUCGUGUUUGUUUUCUGAUUCUGUUCCUGGGUUUUCUUCCAAUGGCAGGCUGUCUUCACUGUUACACCUGUGUGUUUCCUGCCGUCUCUCCUCUGGACUGCCUCAGGUUUCCUCAGGAGUGUCCGAAAGGUCAGCGCUGUCUGUCUAGCACUGCGACGGGAAAACGAGGUGCUCUACAGCUGACCAUGUACGAGAUGAGCUGUGCUGUUCCCGCUCAGUGCGGCCUGAGCGGACAGAAAUACGCCUCAGGACUUUACUUCAACUACACUAAUGUGUGCUGUGACACUGACCUGUGCAACAGUGCAGGGUCGGUUACUGUCCUCUGCUGGACAUCAGCCGCUCUCGCUUUGCUGCCUUCACUCGCUCUGCUGCUGACGUGAAACUUCACUUACCGUUUUUUACUAGAUUACUAGUAAAGAUUACUAUCUAUAAUUUCGCUUAAAGCUAUUUUAAUUCAAAUGUAAACCAAGGUGUCGUAAGGUUUGACUAAUGUCUAAUAAAUAUCUUGUAUGAGUAUCAUGCUGUUCAAAUGUAAUUUUGCCCACAUUUCAUGUAAAAAAAAAACACUGUGUAAAACCAUUACAACCAAUCUGUUACAACAACCACAAAUAAAAAACAAGAGACAAAAAUAUGUAAAGAAAACGUCCCGCGCCCUCUUGCGGGCUCCGUGGGAAACUGCAGUAUUAAAUGGACAAAAGAAUAAAAGAAAAUAUUAACUGAACAAAUAUCUGGUACAAAUACAAUGCAGAGAAGAAAUAACGACAUCACUUUGUCCUGAAAAACUUUUAUUAGGAAAUGAAUACGUGUGUAUUCCUAAGAGCUUUAGAGUAUAAAAUACACACCUGUUAGUUAGAUUGGUUCUAUUACUGGUUAGAACUUUGUUGACAAGCCACGUGUUGACAUUUAAGUGCAUCAAAUUCAAUUUGACAAAAAACCUUUAUCUCUGAGUAAAAAUGAAAAGAAAACAACUUAUUGAAAUGAAAGUAACAAUGUUCUCCGACAUUACAUUACAUUAAAUUAAAAUCCAUCAAAAGUGAAAAACUUGUAGUUUUAGCGUGAGAAAAUACUACCACAGAACAACAAUUUCAAAUAUUUAGACAUUCUCCCUUUAGAAAUGACUCAAU